AGGCUGGCGCUGGCACUGUCAGCCACCACCGCCUUAGUCCCUUCUGCAAAGUGCAGCCUCCUGCACGCCUGCAGAGGCACACGAGGCUGCACCAACACCAUUGCACCACCACCUCUGCAGAAUCUCACCUCCUCUGCUUGCCAAAGGCUGCACCCUGCAAUGCCAAAUCAGCCGCAGAUGCUGCACCCAGCACCGGGCUGGCAGGGUCUGUCCCCUGGGGGACACUCUGCUCUCGCCAGCCCGUGGUUGGGGCAGACCUCCUGGACAGGAGGAGGUGCAUGUUGGUCCAGGCAGGGAUGGCUCCCGCCACAUCUCCCUCAGCCGGUCCUGGGGGCUCAGGGCUAGGACAGGUGAGCCACGACAUCCUGCUGUCUCCGAAGCAGCCAGCACACCAUGUGGGAGCCACUCAGGGCUUUCUGCCUCACCUAGGGGAGGCUGGGCGGCCUGUCCUGCUGGCAGCAAGGCCAGCGAGAGGUGCACGUCCCUUCACAGCUUGAUUUUGGACUGCAGCACCCACCCCAUCUCUGUCUCUCAGAGGUGGAAGGAUGCAUACUCAGCCAUCUCUCUCACCUGUCCUUCUAAGAUCUGCCCAUGGAUGGCAGAGCUUGGAUGGACCCUGCUGACAGCUUGCUCAGUGAUGACUCAGGCUAUGGACAAACUGUCUUCCACAGGCUGCCCCAAACUGUGCUCAACUCCCCCCUCAAGGAGACCUCUGUGAUCUCCCCCCCCCUGGGCUGCACCACCCUACAGAAGCUCCCUGACCCCCACCAUGCUGCAAGACAACCACAGCUGCAUGUAGGUGGGUGACAGACAGGUGACCUGUGAGCCUCGCAUGGCAGGUUCCAUCGCCACACUUGCAUGUCACGGGGAGGGUGGGCACCACCGGUGUGGAGACAGCCAAGGCUGAGGGCUUCACUUUCCCUGCAAACACAGGGAGAGGAGAAACUGAAGCUCUUGUGCCCACCUUGCUGUGGAGGGGACCUCUUUGGAAGUGAUGGGUGGUGGGCACAGCUGCCUUGUAAUCAGCGGUGUCAGUACGCAGAGGGGCAACCUGGGCUCUGCAGCCGGGUUUCGCUGGGCUAGUGCUGGCUGAGAGCUGAACGUGUUCGCACGCGCGUGUGUGUGGCACCCUGGCUGCUUCCUGGGCCCAUCAGACACUUCCACACAAUGAUGGGCUGUGCUGUCCGCCUCGACUGUUGCCCCGGGAGGGCUUAUCUCAGCGCCACGGCACACUCAUCUUGAGGGAGAAGUGCCCCUGCACAAAGACACUGGUGUCUAAGUGGCAGGUAGGAUUGGAAAGCGAGCCGCCCUGUGAUGAAGAGGAGGAAGAAGGAUGAGGUGAGACACACUGCGGCAGUAGCACUGGCCGUGUAUGCCAUGGGCAAACCUGAUCUGAAACACCUUCACACCUGCCUGUCAUGUUUCACUGGGAGUGCUGCCUCAGUGUGGCAAAAGCCACGCUCAGCCCGUCCCGCUACACUCGUGAUGCCGCCUGCCCGUCUCCCUGCCUGGCACCCUGCCGGAGAGGGCCCCCCUUGCAGCCCACCGCGUGGGGCUGAGCUGCCACCUUGCCCAGUGCCACAGCACCACCCGAUGCUGCCACUUUUUCCCACCUUGGUGCCCCAGUUCCCCCUGCAACAGGGUGCAAGGCAGCCACUCCGCCGGGGUUCGGCAGGCUCUGACCCCCAGCUCUGCCCGGCUGGCAGCCCACCCGCACGGCCACGGCAGGGGACCAGCCUCUCCCCACCCGUGGCUGGCCCUGUCACGGUGGGGCUGUGGGCGGGAUGCCCCCACCAGCGGGCUCUCGGUGCUGACAGCUGCAGUUCUGCAGAGCUGGCAGCCGUGUGACUCAUCUCAGUGCUGUCUCACACGCUGAGGACACAAACACACUUAUCAAGAAGUCUCUCCUGGAAGGGAAAGCACCAUGCUUUUAUGGUUUCCACUGCGUCAUUUCCAUCACACCACACCAUCAGAUGCUGAAGCAUACUGCUGCCCUGAAGCAUCACCCCUCACCGAGCCCCAGGGAGGUAUUUGCUCCCUUCCCCACUGGCCUGUGGCUUUUGUUCACUUAGCAUUUCAGAGUUCAAAGCCUUGUCUUCCCAUGUGGAAGACGGGCAUCCCUGCCUCUCUGCUGGCCCUCAGCCAGCCAUCCACUCUGCAGUUUCAAUGGGCUGCAGCAAGCACACUCAGUGAAGGAUUUCUGUUUGUAACUGCUCCUGUCCCAGGCACUAUACCCAGAUUUUUGGACAGCAGCAUGUAGAGGCAGAGCUGGCAUCUUCCAUAGAAAAUCUUAGCCUGAUCCUUUUACCUUCUCUGUCCUAAAGUAAUUUGCUGCUGCUGCUGCUCAUCUCCUCUCCUUUUACAGCCAGAUCUGCAUGGUGAGCUGGCACUCACGGUGUGCUCGUCCCUGUAACAAUGCUGACUUACUAUCUUCAGAAAAGGUAGGAAGGAACAUCGAGAGGACUACAGGACAGCCAGUCUCACCUUGAUCCCCGGGAAAGAGGUGGAUGAAUUCCUCUUGGAAACCAUUUAAAACCAUACUAAGUACAAGGAGGUGAUUUCAUUUACAAAAUCAUGUCUCAUCAACUUGUUAGCUGCUUCUAAAGGAUGCCUUUUCUUGGUGAAUGAAGUGAGAGCAGCAGGUGGUGUUGACCACAACUUCAGUGUUGAAAGCCUUACUGUCUCCCAUAAUACCGGCAGAGACAGACAGUUGAAGUAUGAGCUGGGAAAUGGACACUGAGGUGGUCAGAAAACUGGCUGAACCACCAGGCCCCAAGGGCCGUGGUUUGCAGCAUGAAGUCCAGCUGGAGGCCAGUCCUUAGCGGAGUCCCUCGGAUGUCAAGACUGGGGCGAAUGAUGAAGAUGCCAAGUGGUACCGGCCUGGCGCUAGGGCAGAGUGUGCCCUCUGCAAGUCUGCAGAUCGUAUAAAACUGGGGGGCGGCUGAUACACCAGGGGGUUGUGCCACCGUUCAGAGGCACCUUGACAGGCUGAAGAAGUGGGCUGACAGGGACCUCGUGAGGCUCAUCUAGGGGAAGUGCAAAGUCCUGCACCUGAAGAGUAAUAGCCCCAUGCACCAGUACAGGCUGGGGCUGACAGGCUGGAAAGCAGCUUUGCAGAAAAGGACCUGGGAUCCUGGUGGAAACCAAGCUGACCAUGAGCCAGCAAUGCAGCCCUGUUGCAGCAGAGGCAGGCAACAGCAUCCUGGCAUCCUGGGCUGCAUUAGGAUAAGCAUUGCCAGCAGUUCAAGGGAGGUGAUCCUUCCCCUCUACCUAGCACUGGUAAAAUACAUCUGGAGUGCCGUGUCCAGUUCUGGGCUCCCCAGUACAGGACAGACACGGACUUACUGCAGCAAGUACAGGAAAGUGCCACAAAGGUGAUUAAGGGACUAGAGCAUCUCUCAUAUGAGGAAAGGCUGAAAGAGCUGGGACCGUUCAGCCUGGAGGAGAGAAGGUUUGCAAGGAUCUUAUCCAUAAAACAUUGGGUAUAAACACCCAGUGGAAGGAAGUAGGGAAGAUGGAGCUCUUAGCAGUGACAGUGAGAGGACAAGAGGCAAUGAGCACAAACUGAAAUACAGAAAAGUCCAUUUAAACGUAAGAAAAAAUGUUACUCUCAUGCUGAUCAAACACUGUUGCCCAGAGAAUCUGUGGAGACACCCUUGGAGAUUUUCAAAACCAGACUGGACAUGGCCCCGGGCAAUGGGCUCUGUGCAAGGGGUUGAGGUAAACCUCAAGAGGUCUCUUCCAAUCUCAAUCACUCUGUGAACAAGACCAUCAUCCUGGGCUCUCAAUCAAAAAUAACUCAAAGUAUCAGCCUCUGUUUGGGAUAUGCAGCUGCACCUACCACAGGCGCACAGCUCCCACAGCGUUUCCUUUGUGGCUGUCCUGACACGUGUCUUUCCUGGCCUUAAACCCCUGCAGUGACCCUCCCACCCCUCUUUCACGCUGCAGCCCAAAGAGCCAUCGCAGCCUUUCAUAUCAGCACGCUUCCCUGCCUUCUUCCACCACAGCACCUCACAAAUGCCAGGUGGUGUCUGAGGGUCUCACCAGUGUGUGAUUCAGAGACAUUUUAUGUGGCUCCUACCUUAUGCACUGACGGUUUGGUCUCUGCAACAGACGAACAUGGGGGCUUUGGAUGCCUGGUUGCCUCCUGAGCGCUGUGAUCAGCACACACAUCUCUGUGGUUAUAGUGGGGCUGCAAGGUGCGAAAGCCUUGUGGUGGAGCGGAGCGAGUGGGUCUUAUCUUCAGGAUGUUCUGUCAGGUCCUCUCCCCUGCACAGCCUUGCUGGACAGCUGUACUGCAGCACUUCCUCUGCUUGAUGCCACCUGAUGCCUCCCAAGCCAGGGACACCUGGGCCACGUCAGCAUCCUGCCAGCCUUUGCUCACCACACCAGUGCCUGUGUGCUCUUUGCCCCUGAGCCCGAGCCAGCAGGCUUCUCUUCUCUCACAGCUCACCUAGCCAGGAGAGCACUCGUUGUGCUGCUUUAUGAGCAACCAAUGACCAUUAGCACCUCUGCAACGAAGAAGUGUUACAGCUGAUCAGGUUCUAAGGGUAAGUGGGCAGUGAGACAACUCUCCGCUAGCUAUUUUGCACGCUGAUUAUCAUCACCAACUAAAUAGCCCACCACUGAGCCCUUUGGAGCUUACAGAAUGCAGGGUGUGACCAGGGAGGCUCUUUGCCAGCCACGUGAGAUGCCAAGGCCUUGGUUCAGUCAUCAGCCUGAAGGUCUUGGGUGCUUUGGCUGUACCUGUGCUCAGAGAGGAGUGCAUGCUGGAGCCCUGCUGCUGGCCCCACUGUGGCCAUCUCCUGCUCCACCCCUGCCCCAGGCACUAAACCCAGGCCAAGGGGCUGUUUGGGUACAGUGGCCUCCACCUGAGGAGGGCUGGGGAGACCUUCUCCAGCCCAGAGAGAGCCUGUACUACGUGCCAAGCUGCUCAGUGUGCCCACCUGCCCGCCCAGAGCUGUGCAAGCAUGGCUCUGUUCUGUGAAGGUAUCGGGGGACUACUGUCCAGUUAUAAAUUUCAUGCUUCUUAUUUCAUUUUCUGCAAUACGUGUUGGACUUCUGUAAGAUACAUUAUCUCUAAACUGCUAGUGUUGCACAGCAGUUUAAUUUUAUUAGAUCUUAACUUGCAGAAUAUUUUUUUUAAAUAAUUUUUGCAGUUAAUGUAUUGGCUUAUAUUGUGGUGGAUUUGGUGGUGUUAGGUUAAUGGUUGGACUCGAUGAUCUUAAAGGUCUUUUCCAACCUAAAUGAUUCUAUGAUUCUACAGUUCUAUGAAUUAAUUCAGCACAGGGUGAUCUAAUACCAUAUAUCACAUCUUCCUGGCCUUGCUUAACUGCAGGUUUCAGCACAGCAUUUCAAAUCCACAGCUGCUGAGUACCACUGUUAGCCCUUGAACGCAUCGUUUUAGAAAGUGCUGAAUUCCAGUGAGGCACCAGACCUCACUGGAAAGUAUUGCCACCGGUUAUCUGGUUGGCAGACCAAACUGACAUGAAAUCUCCUACACAGGAGGAGGAGGUGCUAUAGAAACCUUCAAGUACCAGCCAGCUUUUGGUGCCAGGUACCUGCCCUGCACAUCCAGCUUGUGCCCACCCUCCAGCCCCACCGGCUGGCCCUGCUCCUCCUGGCCAGGAUGCGUGGCUGCCCUGCCUCUGUCAGGACCUGCUGCUGAUUUUGUGGCACUAAACCUACAGGUAAUAUCACUUUGUUUUAUUCUCUCUUGCUUUUCUGUGAAUUGCUGCUCUGGGUCCUGCUGUGGCUGGGAGGAGGGAGAGGAGGCUUAGGCGCCCAGUUUCUGCAGGGCAGGGCAGUCCUGGCCACGCAGAGGUCCAUGCAAUAGGUUGUGAUCAUUAAACCUUGUGUUAAGAGUUUCUGCUCUUAUUCCAAGGUAUUCUCUGGGGUCUUUGCACACAGCAUGUUACUUCCUAACAGCAGCUGGGAUCUGGAAGCUAAAUUCAUCCCAACGUGGGAAACAAGUGAUUCCAAAAGUUUUCUUUUUUCUCUAAGCAAACCCUUGCACUCCUUUCCAGGGUCUUUCAAAGCAGCGCUAUGGCUAUGAUGACUACAUUACUGUUUUCAAAGAUGCGCUGAUAGAUGAGCCUGAAAGAACACAAAUUGCAAACACCACCACCACCACCACCCCCCAGAAACCAGCAAAAAAAGUGCUGUCCCUUAGAUCACUGCGUUUGAUAGAGCUGUGAAUGACAACAGCAAGGUCAGAGCAGGCAGUUUCCAGAUUUCUUUAUGCUAUUUGGAAACUAAAUAAAAGUUAAAGUGCCAUGGCAGGGCCCUCGCUUAGGGCUCUUCUGCCAUGGAAGCACUUUGCCUGGUCGCUCUUCCUGGCUGUGCUUCCCCCCCAGGUCAGCUGGCUGCCCGGGGCUUGGCUAACACCCCUGUGAAGUACUGCCCUGUCCAAGUCUACUCUCAUACCUGUGUAGCAUAUUUAUUAAAUCUUUGCUGGCAGCUACCCAUUCAAUUUAUGCAAAUGUUGGUGAAAAUCAGGGCAGCUGCCAUGGAGGUGGCAGGUUUGAAGGCGGUUGAUGCAGAAGAUGCUGUACUGUACCACAUACUUCCCACCCCGUUUUUCUUCUCCCUCCCCCUCUACUCAGCUCCAGGUCCCUUCCCUCACCCACCAUGGCUCCCAUGCUGUCCUUAGCCAUUUCACCCGCCGCAUUCACCCUUCACCCCUCUGGUACCUGCUCACUUCUGGGCUCUGCACACAAGGAGGGAGGAAGAUUUUAUGCACCAGACUCCCCCUCCAGUGCAGCUGCUUCCACAGUGGCCACCCUGCUGGGAAAAACCACUGGAUGUUUGCCAUCAUGGUGCUACUGCAACACCCACUGUACCUUCAGUCUGCCUUGCUUCUCCCCCUCCAAGCUCUCUGUUAAGUGUCUGGAAGAAGCCUGCUACUCCUUGAGCUGCUGCUGGAGGAAAUGAGCCCAGCCCCGGCUUUCCUCCCCAGCCGGUCACCAGCUUCCAUGGCAGGGCACAGCUGCUGACUGGCCCUCCCCAGUCUAUUAUGGUGGGGGGAAAGCAGUACACACCCCACCUUGUUUGUCAAGCCCCAGCCUAUUCCUGGUCCUCCAGCAACAGCAAGACACUGUUUUACAGUCAUCUCCAUCCUUUUCUCACAGCUGUAUGUUGCUGCCUAGCCCCUCUGAUGCUAGAGCCAUCUCUUUUGCCCCUCCUUAAGCAUUUCCAGCAGCCACAGGAUAUGCUAGCUUAUCAAACUGCAUCUCUUUAAAGACAUUUUUUUGCUCAGCCAUACUCUGUCUGUGCUACGUGGCCUGCUUUGACACCUUCUGCUUGUUUCCUUCCUCCUCUCCACACCGGUCUCUGAGCUGCCUUGUGGCCUGGAGCACUUGUGAGCCACCUCCAGCCCCAAAGGUGGUGUCCACCAGAGCCCUUCCACGCUGCAGCGCACACCAGCACAGCAUGCCUGCGCCAUACCUCAGCAUGGGGUUGCUGCUGGCACCGCACACCGGGGCCACUGAAAAGCAACCUGGGCAUCAGCCAUGCCAGCAAAGAGAUCUGCCUCGUACAGUGAGUGAGCAUAACAAGGUGGCUUCAGCCCUUGAUGUAAGACAUUUUCCUGCUACUACUUCCUCUUGUUCAGCAAGAUUUUCCCAAAGUGACAGCUGUGAGCUUCCUUCCAGUGUGCAGGCAGGGAGCCGCAAGCCUCUGCUGGGAAAACCAGACCUGAGCACUUAAGUACUGGGAGAGAGCUCCAUGCAGGAGUCACAGUAGUGUCCGUUGGUGCCCAAGACACUUGCAUAUCCCCCCAGCAAUAGAGUUAUUUGUGUCUUUAUUGGUUACUUCAGAACUGGAGUCUGGUUUUGAGGGCAGUGCCCUCACCGCCUGCACAUGAUGCCUGCAUUGCUUGCAGAGGCAACUGCUUAACCAGGCAUGUCCAGCCAUGGUGUCCCUUCCUGCACCUGUGAAAGCUGUAGGAUUUAACCACAUCCCUCAAUACUUUCCUGUUAGGGUGGUAAAAACCUAAUUUUAAAUUAAAAGGUUAAAAUUCUUUCCAAAGCACAUUUAGAUGCAAGCAGACAUUCAGUGACACAAACGCAGAAUUACCGGUUCAGAUAAUUCCUCCAUAUGCACGUCACAUAAAGCCACUUUGCCCAGGAUGGGGUCUGCUAAAAGCUGAUUGUUAUCUGCCCACAAAGUCACACUCUUCACACAACCAAUACUCUUGUGAAACAUCUAGCAGCUGGUGUGACAGAGGCUCAGUUACUACUACUUACAUCUCAUGGAUUUCCCUGGGUGGCAGGGCGCCUGCCUUGAGCAGACCUUAAUGGCAAGUUCCCUGUUUUGCACCAGUGUUCCUUCUUUCAGGUGUUCUGUCUCCUUUACAUCUGCAGACUCAUACUCUCUCCUGGAACAAAUGGGCUUGAAACCCUUCCACCCCCAUUCCCCUCCCAAGGAUGUGGAGAGCAGCAUGCCUCACCGACUCUCUUGGGGUUUCACAUGUGCCUUUGGGAUGCAGGAACGCAGAAUCAGCUCUGUUUUCCUCUAUGUAGCAGGAGCUCUGGGCUCAGAAGGCAGCCCAAAGGCUCAGAAACCUGCCCAGUUAGAGCCAGAGCAUGAGGAUGUCUACUAAGGAAAAUCUGCUAUGCCCUUUCAGCCCGUCGCUGCUCUAGUCUGGCUCCCAAGCCAGCACAACUGGUAGAAGAGCUUUUGCUCAUGGGUUGCACUGGGCUUUAGCUUUGGUUGCUGCAGUCCCUGCCUAGCUCAAAAUCAAGCUAAGGGCAAUUUUAUCUUAUUUGCACAGCCUGGUUUAAGGAAUUAGUGUUCACAUUGUGACAGGAUGCCCAUGCUAUCUAUAGGAGCUCUUCUAAGUAUUAUUUCACACACCCCCAUUCAUAUCUCCCUAUUUAAUAAAGGUUGUCUGCCAUGUCCUAUUGGAAGUGUACCAUGAGGUAUUUACUCCUAAACUGAGUAAACAUAAACAAAGCUUGACAAAGGAUGUAUCCCAGUUACAGGCUGACUGAGAAGGCCAGCUCCGUAGCCUCAAAUUCACAUGCAUAACAAAAUAAAUACUUACUUAAAUACCCUUUUUUACAGGAGCCAUGUAUCUGUUAAGAGGGAGGAGGAAAGUCUUACCACGUCUUUUCCUAUUUCAGGUCUCAGAACAUCAUACAACAUCUACACAUCAGGACCAUGAAUGUGUCCAACAGCUGCAAUGUUGCAAAUCUAGAACUGUAUCACAGUGUUCGUCUCAUUGAAUUCUGCCUGUAUAACCUCAUUUUCUUUUUUGGAGCACUAUUUAAUGCCCUUGCCCUCUGGGUGUUCUUCUGCAAGAUAAAGAAGUGGACAGAAACCAGGGUGUAUGUAAUCAAUUUAGUCCUUGCAGACUGCUUUGUCAUCUGCAUCUUGCCUUCCAUGGCUUAUUUGCUCUGGAAUAAGGCAACCCGAGAUGAGCUCUGCCAGUUUAUAGAGGCAAUGUAUUUUAUCAACAUGGUAGUGAGCAUCUACAUAGUUUCAUUUAUCUCCAUUGAUCGAUACAUUGCCAUAAAGCACCCCCUGAAAGCCAGGACCUUCAGGUCUCCAUCAAAGGCUGCCUUUCUCUGUGGGCUUCUGUGGGUCUCCGUGAUAAUCGGGGCCACCUUUCAGUUUCAGCAGAGACACGCCGUGCUCUGUUUCCAGAAGGAUACCACUGCACCUGCUGUUCUGAGCCUGCUUUCCAUUUUCUUUGUUUUCACUCUUCCGUUAGCAGUCUUCAUUUUUUGUUCCACAGAAGUUAUCAGGAACCUUAAGAAACGCCUGAACACAAAUUCAUUAGAGGACAAAUUAACCCAGAAAGCUGUUCACGUUAUUUAUGCAAACCUGAUCAUAUUUUUGAUAUGUUUUGUGCCAGCCUACCUUGGCGUGUUUGCCAGGUUCGUAUUGGAGGGCGUUGGAGUUACCUGUUUCCUGCUCCAGGUUACAAAGAACUUCUCCUCCAUGACAAGGUGUAUCGCCACGUCCAACUGCUGCCUGGAUAGCAUCUGCUACUACUUUGUGACCAAGGAGUUCCAUGAAGCCCUUCUAUUGCCCAGACCCAGCGCUGAAAAAAUAGAACAAAUCCACCCCUUGUAG